UAAAAACCCUGGUGUUUGGUUUUAGCUUUGAAACUACCUUUUUUCCAUUUUUGUUUUUUGGCAAACAAAAUUUAAUAAUCUUACCUGUUACCUAAUGUGUACUAUGAUCACAACAACCCCUAAUAAAUCCCAUUCCUGGGACAAAACAAACCAAUAUAUAUAACAGAAAGAAGUAACAAUUUUACUCAACCAAUUUUGCAAGUUUAUCACAAACCAAUUACUCAAUCGGUGCGUUCAUUGUAUAGCUGUCAUCCACCACCAAUGCCGUUAUCUGCGGUUGAUCCAUCAAUCGAAGAGGAGGAUGAUGAUGACGUGGAAUACGAAGAAAUUGAGGUUGAAGAAGAAGAAGAAGAUGAUGACGUGGAAUACGAAGAAAUCGAGGUUGAAGUCGAAGAAGAAAUUGAGGUUGAAGAAGAAGAAGAGGUAGAAGAGGAGGAGGAGGUAGAAGAGGAAGAAGGUGAAGGAUCGAUUCCGAUGAAUGUAGAUGAUCAACAAGAAGAAGAGGUAGAAGAAGAGGUAGAAGAAGAGCAAGAAGAGGAGGAAGAGGAAGAAGUACAAGGCGAAGAGGAAGAAGGUGAUGGAUCAAUUCCAUUGAAUGUAGAUGAUCAAAUAGAAGAGGAGGAGGAAGAAGAAGUGGAAGAGGAAGAGGAGGAGGAAGAAGAAGUGGAAGAGGAGGAGGAGGAAGAGGAAGAGGAAGAAGAAGAAGUACAAGGUGAAGAAAAAGAUCAAGGAUCAAUUCCAAUGAAUGUAGAUGAUCCAAAAGAAGAGGUAGAACAAGAGGUAGAAGAGGAAGAGGAGGAGGAAGAAGAAGAAAUACAAGGUGAAGAAGAAAAAGGUCAAGGAUCAAGUCCACUCAAUGUACAUGAUCAACAAGAAGAGGAGAAAGAGGGAGAGGAAGAAGAAGUCCAAGAUGAAGAAGAAAAAGGUCAAGGAUCAAGUCCGUUCGAUGUAGAUCAUCAAAAAGGUCAAGGAUUAAGUCCGCUCAAUGUAGAUCAUCAAAAAGAUGGUAUCCAAGUUCUGGAGCCUUUGGGGCUUGAACAGCACUUAAGAUCAGGCUUUUCUACUCAACAAGAGCCUGUAGCAAAUUUACCACCACAUACCCCUUUGAUUGAAGGUGCUAGUGACAGUUGCAGAAUUUCUAAUUUUGAUGAAACAAAAGAGAGGAUGGAUGGAAAAAGAACCCACAUAGAAUCUGAUGUCCAAGCUUCUGGAUUUGAGGAUGGUGAAACAAAUACAGAGAGAAUCCAGCCUUUUGGUGAAGAACUGGAUGCUGAAAUGUUGAGUGAUGUUUCUGGCAAGGUGGCUAUUGGUGUUCAGCUUACUGAAGGAGGUGGUCAAGGGGACGAUUUAAAGCAAACAUCACCAAGGUUGGAUGUUCGCAAGACAAGGGAAAGAAGUUCGUCCCCUGCUGCUGAUUCUAGGGGUGGAAGCAAAAGACUAGCUAUGAGAUGUGAAUUUUUUGCCAGGGGUUGGUGCAUCAAAGGGAAGUCUUGUAGAUUUCUUCACAUAAAGGAUCAUGUGACUAGCCAUGAUAAGGAGGGUGGUGGUCAAGAUGAGACAAUGAUAAAAAGCAAACUUGCAGAUGACAAAGGUUUGGAAGAGAAUGGCAAGAGAUCAUCUUCUGAUUCAGUACAAUCAGCAGUUCAAUCUGGAGAGCAUCUACAAUUGAGAGGUGAUGAGGCAUUGCAUAUGCGUAAGGAUGGACCUUCGUCCACCCCAGAAGUCGGAAGAGAGAGCCUUGGAUGUAAACCGUACUUGGCUGGUUGUAGCACCUCUUCUUCACCAUUACUCAAAGAUGGCUCUUUACAUAAGAAUAGCCUCCAUGAUAGAAAGCUUAGCUCGGCCCUGUUAUCUGACAGUUACCAAAAUACUGUAGUCUCCCCAUACGCCUCGGGUUUGGAAAAUAUGAAUUAUAAGAGGUACCGGUCUGUGUUCGAAAAUCAUGGUUCGCGAGUUUAUAAUGACUCUGUAGAUAGGUUUUCUCAUCAUUGUUCUUCUUCGCGGAACAUAGAUGCCCUGGAUGAUCAGAAGCUUUUGGAUAGUACCCAAGAAUAUUCUUCUUCUAAAUCCACCUCUUUGCAGCAUAGGUCUUCAGCGUUUCCUAGUUCCAAAACUGAACUUUCUCGGAUUGAUUUAUCACGGGACACACGAUGCUCAUCUGAUUAUAGAACUAUGGCGUCUUUUGACGAUUGGGAGCCAUCUGUUCCUUUUCGACCAUCAUUCUUGCUUAGUCAAAUAAUCGGAUGUCCUGAAACUCUAUAUGAUCCUAUUCGUGAUAGUAUGGAUCAAAGUAACGUAGGAGAUGGGCCCUCAAAGUCCUCUUUCUCUGGAAAAGGAGGGCCUGUAACCAAACAUAUGCAGGCGAAUGCUGAUCCAGUUUCAACAGGAACCUUGGGUCCAGAACAGAGCUCCAAUAAAGUUCCAAUUUCUGGUCAUAUAUACAAUAAGGAUAUAUUGCCUGACAAACAGUCCGAGAAAGAGAUGUCUACUAAUGAAACAGAUACAGCAGAUACAGCAGUUGCUCAUCAGGAAAACAUGAAAACCUCUUCAAAAGAAGAGAAGUAUUCAAGAUCCGCUAAAGCAGAUAAACUACAUUUGCCCCGGAAAAAGACACAAUCAGAAUCUGAGAGGCUCAGACAUGGAAAUGAAAUUGAUAGUGACUGGAAGACAGACAGAUCUGUGAACAAAGAGUCGAGAGUUUUGAAGCAUUUUCAUGCUGAUCUUGUGGAGUUUAUUAAAGAACUAUUAAAACCAGCUUGGAGUGAAGGUCUCAUGAGUAAGGAUUCUUACAAGUUGAUAGUUAAGAAGACAGUUGAUAAAGUUAUCAACUCUUUGCAUCCCAAUCAGAUUCCUGGUACGGCUGAAUCAAUCAGAGAGUAUCUUGACAUAUGUCAGCCAAAACUUGCUAAGCUCAUUGAGGCGUACGUGGAAAAACAUGGAAAAUCCAGAUAAUAUUAAAUGAGCUUUGCUCAGCAUAAGGGGUAGGUGGAUAUAUAUGGAAAAACUUGAAAUUAUUAAGUUAGUUAUGCUAAGAAUAUUGCCAACAAUAGCAAAUUGGUGAAACACAUUUUUGUGAGCCUAAUUUGCUACUUGUAGGGUUAGACAGAAGACUUGAAAACCAUUAAUUUUGUGUACGGAUUUCGUCUUUCUAUAUAGGAACUUUUCUGCUA